UCCCCACAGCGCCGGUAGCCGCGAAGCUGAGCGGCCCGGGUUUCUAGCCGGGCCCCUUUUCCAGCUGGGCCCAAGCAUGGCUGCCCCCAGGGCUGCGGGUCGGGAAGUCGCCGCGUUCUCGUUUUCCUGACAACCCCUGGCUUCUGUGCGCUCCUUCCCCUCCCCAGGCCAGUCCAGCAGACAUGUUUGCCAAGACCUUUCGGGUCAAGUCCAACACGGCCAUCAAGGGGUCGGACAGAGCCCCUGUCGCCAUCGGAGUUGCCGCCAUGUCCACAGCUGAGAUGCUGACUUCGGGCCUGAAGGGAAGGGGCUUCUCCGUGCUGCACACCUACCGGGACCACUUGUGGCAAUCUGGAGACAAGUCUUCUCCACCUUCCAUGGCUCCACUGGCCCUGGAUCCCCUCGAUCUCAGUGAAGAGAAGGGGUCUGUCGAGGCGGCCCCUGCCCUGCAGGGAGACUUGAGGCACCUGACCCUGGCAGGAGAGAACCAGGAGAAUGGGGAGGUCCAGCAGCAGAUGUGUGGAGAAAAGUCCCUGCCGGAAGCCUCCGAAGACCCCAGUGUCAGGGGCCUGAACCCAGACCCCACAGACAGCAGGACCCUUCAAGAACAAAUGGAUGAACUUUUACAGCAAUGCUUCUUGCACGCUUUAAAGUGCCAAGUCAAAAAAGCUGACCUCCCUUUACUCACCAGCACGUUCCUUGGCAGCCACAUGUUCUCCUGCUGCCCUGCAGGACAACACCUGGACAUAAAGAAAUCAAGCUACAAAAAGCUCUCUAAGUUCCUGCAGCAAAUGCAGCAGGAGCAGAUUAUACAGGUGGAGGAGCUGAGCAGAGGGGUGGAGAGCAUUGUGGCUGUGGACUGGAAGCACCCGAGGAUCACAUCUUUCGUCAUACCCGAGCCCUCCCCGACCUCCCAGACUAUCCAGGAGGGUAGCAGGGAACAGCCCUAUCACCCUCCAGAUAUAAAACCCCUCUACUGUGUCCCAGCCAGCAUGACUCUGCUCUUCCAGGAGUCUGGCCACAAGAAGGGGAGCGCUCUUGAGGGCGGUGAGGUCCGGACAAUCAUCGUCAGCUAUGCCAAGAAGAAUGACUUGGUCAAUGUGGACAACAGAAAUCUCGUGAAAUUGGAUCCCAUCCUGUGUGACUGCAUCUUAGAGAAAAAUGAACAGCAUACAGUCACGACGCUUCCAUGGGACAGUCUCCUGAGCAGAUGUUUGGAAAGAAUGCAGCCUGCCUAUCAAGUGACCUUUCCAGGACAAGAGCCCAUUGUGAAGAAAGGCAAAAUCUGCCCAAUUGACAUCACCCUAGCACAGAGAGCAUCUAAUAAAAAGGUGACUGUGGUCCGGAACUUGGAGACCUAUGGUUUGGACCCGUGCUCGGUGGCUGCCAUCCUCCAGCAGCGGUGCCAGGCCAGCACGACUGUCACUCCUGCCCCGGGGUCCAAGGACAGCCUGCAGGUCCAGAUCCAGGGAAACCAGGUCCAUCACCUCAGCCAGCUGUUGCUUGGUUCAGUGCUCUCUCCACCGUCCUGUCGGCGUCAUUUUCUUCCUGGUUUUCCCUUCGAUAAGGCAUCUGUUGUGCAUCCCAGCCGUGCUGGGUACUUCGCCGGGCGUUUUGCAGGCACCGUCUCUCCUCCUCACAGCCACGCAGCAGAACUGUUUGUGUUUUGCAGCUGAGGAAGCCAAGGCUCAGAGAGGCUCAGUCCCUUGCCCUCAGAUACUCAGCUGUUCCAUGCUGCAGCUGGGCUCCCGACUUGGCUUUGUCAGACCCCAGAGCCUGAGUUCUUUCUCCCAACUCUGGGUCACCCAGCCUCCGGCUUGUCCUCGAUUCACACCACCUCUGCCUGAGUCAGCUUCCCAUCACUCUCCUUCUACACACCCCUUAUGCCGGUCGGUGCCUUCAGAAUAAGCCCUACGCUCAAUAAAUAAGACCCUCCCGGUCCAACUCCCGUUCCCUUCGGGCUCUCUCCGGCAGCUCUCACACCCCCACCUCAGACCUCGGCCACGCUGCGGUCCUUGCUGCUCCCCACACAUGCUCGGUGCUUGCAUCCCUGUGCCCUCGCCCAGUAUGCCCUCCCACAGCCCACAUCUGCCCGACCGGAAGGCCUUAUGGGUCCAGCCCAGGGGUCAUGGGAAGCCUGUCUCAGAGCAUGUCCCAUUUUUUCUGUCCUUCAAUUAGCAUUUAGAAAAUUGCCAAUGUAGCACUUUCUCCUUGUGUUUAUUUUUCUGUUUUUUCAAAUGUCUGAACCCCCUGCUAGACUGAGCAACUUCAGUCAGAAGCCUUGCCUUCUUCAUCCCUUUUGCAUGCUCAGGGCCUGGCACAUGGUAAAUGCUCAAUGAGCAAAUGUAUUUUAGGGCCUAAGGCAGCACCCUGUAGUACACUUCCAGAGUUGACCCCUUUAAGUGAAGAACCCAAUAGGAGGUGCUGAGAAGAAAUAAAAGGAAAAUAGACAAGCACGUGACUGCACGCAGACGCACACCUUCUCUCUCCUGAGAAAAUUACGGAUGCCUCAAGUAUACCUAGAAAGUGGCUCUCGGUGUGAAAAUUGCUCACAUACACACGACAGCCAUGAGGUGUAAGGAUAAAUGGCCCAUCCCGGACAACUGCCCAGAGGAGCUGGGUCCGAGCUGGGUGUCGAAGAGCAGGUCACGUGGUGCAGGUGACUAAAGAGAAGUUGACCCCGGGAACGUGUGCCCAGUGGAGCGAGGGGACGGAUGGCAGCCGUGCAGUUUGGGGCCCACAGGGGUCAGGACCAAGGGGGGACGUUGAGACACAAAGCGUAGGGGGUGGCGGGGGCAGGCUCACGCCCCCCUGAGGAGGUUCUGUUGUUU